GAAGCGAUGUUACAGCUGCGCAUGUGAACCGAAGAGCUUACGCUCCUCUCGGGCUUUUUUUCUUCCUCUCUCUCCCGACGUCGUCGAUCCCCGGACGUAACAUCCCGUUCGGUCGCGGCGUACCGUCGUCGCCGAUCACCCUCGAAUUGUGCCGGCGCAAAUUUCUAAGCCGCCCGCCGUCUAAUUGUGUCCGUGAACGGGUGCUCCGGCUGCCUCAUCGCGUCGGCGCUUUUUGUCCCGCCGUUUUGCACCUCAAUGCGCAUCGCAUUGACCCGGUCGACGGAUAUCGUCUGCAUCGCCGACAUACGGUCCCGGCUUCCGUGAGUUUCGGCACGUGUGCGUAUCUUCGAGUAGACGGAUAUGUGCAUAAGUGCGUAAUAGAAACGCACGCGCGACCGACGACAACGUCAACGAGGGCGAGGAUGUGACGUCGGAGAAUAAUCAGCGGGAUUUUGCAGGCGCGACGCGUCAAUCGAGUGGGUUUUUUCGAACACGAUCAUGCAUCCGAGCGUAAUAUUACUAUCGACGUUGGUGGCCUUCGUCGCUACCGAGAGCAUUCUAAUGACGGAGGUCUUUGUCAUUCCUAUCAGACCGGAGAUUUUCGACUGGAGUGCAGAUGGACACUCCGAUCAAUUUUCGUAUCAGCCUUCUUUGCGGGACGCCCCCGAUCUUCCAUCAUGGAUACAUUACACUUAUAGUAAGAAGGAUCAUCACGGUUUUUUGUACGGCGUAGCGCCCAAAGAUCAAAAGUACUUUCAGCUGGAGAUUGUGGGACUGAAUAAGCACACCUAUGAAACUCGCUACAAGGUGCUCGAUAUGAACGUACUCGAGAAAGAGAAUCUGACAAAGUACGAGGUGCACCUGAAAAUCGACAACCUCAACGUGGAGGACAUGUUCGAUCGCAAUCGCACCGAGAAACUCCUCGACAUAUUUAGGAAAAAGUUGUGGAAAGGCGCCGCGGAUCUGUACGUAACCUUUUUGGCGUCUGCGAUUGAGCUCGGAGCUCGUUUACCUCUGAGACCCAGCGAAGGUGAAGGAGUCGUCGUGAGAUUGGGCAGCACGAUACCGUUCUCGCAAGAAUUGAACGAAUUGCAGGAGGAAGUGAAGCCACUUUGGAAAAUGCCAUCGUGUCCCAGAGACUUCAAGAGAACCAGCGUGGAAAUUCUCUUCCGAGAGGCUGAAUUCAGAUUGGAUUGGUGCUCCUUCAGAUUACUAGAGGAGGACCAGCAGAGUCUGCAACACGAGAGCGCUCGGCGAGGUCCUAGCGUCGUAGGACUCCCUUCGUCAGGAAUCUCGGAGCACACGGAAUGGCGUUGGGCUCGUUCGACGAAAGCCAGCGUACCCACGAGGAGCUACUUCAAGGAAAUCGUCAUCACAAUUUUCAUACCGGUCAUCCUGUUCCUCGUGUUAGGCGCCUUGCUCAGCACCGCCUUCUGUCUGCAUCACGAGAAAAUGACAGAUCCAGGGUCAGAUGAAUAUUUUGACGAACUCUUUAAUAUUUUUCUUAUAAAGGAACAACCUGUUAGCGAAAAACGAGAAGCUACACCAGUAGAAGGAAUUGGAAAUAACGGAAUACAAAUGGUACAAUAUGCCAUGUCGGAAAGAGGCACUUUGAAAUCUCUGUCAGCUCAACCAUCGAGUCCGAAUGAUUCUCUGUCGCGAAGUCCAAGAAUCUCCGGCGAACGUUGCAAUCCAUACAUUCGCCCAAAUCCGCCCCCUUACACCGGGCCGACUAAUUUUACCAGCUUACGCGCCGAUUUCUGACUAUACGAGCAACCCGCGAAAACGUGGUUUUGCUAAACGAAUAUAACUCGCGGGUGGCUUUCAAUCAGCACGUUUCGAGGCCAAGGACUACUAACUCAUCGAAACCGACUUGAAAUUUGCAAGUUCAAUCAGACAUUAAAUAUGCGCGCGUCGCUUAUUAUUGCUAACUAUAAGCAGGCAUUUGCGUCAUUUGUUUUGACAAAUUAAUUUGCGCCUGGAAAAUUUCUCGAAACAUGUCUCAACGAGACGAAUCUGUAGUAGACGAGUUGCAAAUAUAUAGAGAAGAGUUUUUUUAAUAAUAUAUUGUACAUUAUAUACAUACUAGUCGCAUUAUAUAACAAUCAAAUAAAUUGCAUAACAUUUAAUGUGAUUAUGUAUCUUAUAAUCGUAAUGCACAUUAUAAUGUAUCUUAUAAAUGUAACAUAACGAAUUUUUGCAUAUUCAAGUA